AUGCCGGUUGGAUUCUUUCCCUCAGAUAUUAACCUGAAGCUGUUUAAGGAGCCAGACUUUAUCGGUUUGAGCUCCCUGCUGGUCAGAGAAGACAUCGGUCUGCUCUUCAUCGGAGCCAGAGGAAAGGUCAUCACGCUCAAUUUGGAUGACAUCACUGAAAAGACCAGCGAGACUGAAUGGAUGGUGAGCUCUGGAGAAAAAUCAGAGUGUAUGAUUAAAGGCAAGAGCAUUGAGGACUGUGAAAACUACAUCACGACGCUGCACAGUCUGCAUGACAGCAGAAUCUUCACGUGUGGAACCCGUGCAUUCAAACCUCUCUGCACACACCUGUUGUACAAAGGAGGAAAUGUCACCAUGGAAACUACAACUCAGGAUGGCAGGGGGAGAGCUCCCUUUGACCCCCAUGAAGACUUUGUCUCCCUGAUGUAUGAAAACACAUUUUAUUCGGCUGUUUCUGUAGACUUCAUGGGAAAAAGAAAGCUUUUCCUGAGAACCGGACGCACUUCUCUCUCUACUGAGGACAAAAUAUCUUGGUUCAAUGGUAAGGUGACUGCUUGA